UCUGGUUUGGGGUAUAAAGUCUCAUGUGGGUAGAAAUGUCCAUUUAUUGGACCACAUACAGUUCCACUCUACAGACCAACGACCAAUUACACGCCGCGAACCAACGACCAGUUCCACUCUACAGACCAAUGACCAAACAGCGGAAGAACACGGAACAACAGCAAGGGGGUUUAUUAUGGCAUUUGUGUACCAUUCAUACAUAUCAGAGUAUUGAAAAUAUUGUGUCGAUGAAAACAUUUAAAUUUUACGUUUUGUUUUUCUUUUCAUCUCAAUUCAUUGGCGAUACUCAGUGUGUAACGAUCGAAGAAUCCCAGCCAAUCAAUUUUUCACACAACGAGUUCACCUUUGUGGGAUUCCCAGAGAUCUAUGAGUACAGACGAGUACUUUUCUUACCGUUUUUCAUGACUUACAUUUUAGUCUUGGCGGGAAAUUCUUUGUUGAUCUACGUGAUUACAAUUAUGGAGAGUCUCCACAGCCCCAUGUAUAUAUUAAUAUGUGGCUUGGCGGCGGUGGACAUAAUGGUGGCUACAGUCAUUAUUCCUAACAUGCUGCUCAGCUUUCUGUUUGACUGGAACGACAUCUCAUUGGCCGGUUGUUUGACUCAGAUGUUUUUCACUCACUUCCUCUCGUCAGUAGAGUCGACUAUUCUCCUGGCCAUGGCUCUGGAUCGUUACGUGGCUAUCUGCUUCCCUCUACACUACACUCUCAUUCUCAACUCGGCCAUGUUUGUCAGACUGUCGCUGUUCACUGUUAUAAGGAGUGGUUCCGUCAUGUUUGUACUAGUUGCACUCGCCGGUUCUCUGUCUUUCUGUGGCUCCAAUGUCAUCAACCACUGCUACUGUGACCACAUGGCCCUGGUUAGCCUAGCAUGUGGUAACACGGACAAGAAUACUGCUAUGGGAUUGGCUGUGAUUGUCUGUUUUGUGGGAAUUGAUAUUUGCGUCAUUAUUUUCUCCUACAUGAAGAUUCUGAAUGUGGUGUUACGUGCAGCAGCGGGGGAGGAUAGAUGGAAAGCGUUCCACACUUGUGGCACCCACCUUAUUGUAAUAAUGUGUUUCUAUCUGAUUGGCACCGUUACUUUUCUGUCACGCAAUCUGAAUAUUCAAAUUCCAACUGACAUCAAUACUUUUCUAGGGGUGAUGUAUAUUGUUUUACCAGCAAGUGUCAAUCCAAUCAUCUAUGGAGUGCGGACAAAGGAAAUACGAAACCGUAUUUUGCAAAUGUUCAACACAAGACUAAACAAAGUAUUGACUGUUCAGGUUGCUACUGUAGAAAUGUGAUUAGUUUCAAAGCUCUACUUUAGUCAAGGUUAGAUAUUUACUUCAGAAAUUAUUCACACUCCUUGACUUUUUCCACACUUUGUUGUGUUACAGCCUGAAUUAAAACAUUUAUUCAACUGAGUUAUUGUGUCACUGAUCUACACACGAUACACCAAUAAUGUAAAAGUGGAUUUAUGUUCUUAGACAUUUGUACAAAUGAAUAAAAUAAAAAAAAUGAAAAGCUAAAAUAUCUUGAGUCAAUAGGUCAAAAUGCUAUAUCCACCAAUUUUUCACAUUUGUGUUUUUUUCAUCAGAAAUAAUUGCUUAUGGAUACCUUCAUGUGUGUGUAAAAUAUUACUGUUCUCAGAUUUUUAAUUCAGAGUUUGUUUGAUGUGUAUGAAAGUGCUUUUUUAAAUGCUAAAACACUAGACACAGAGUGUACAAAACAUUAAGAACACCUUCCUAAUAUUGAACUGCUCUCAGAACAGCCUCGAUUCGUCGGGGUACGGACUCCACAAGGUGUCGAAAGCGUUCCACAGGGAUGCUGGUCCAUGUUGACUCCAAUGCUCCUCACAGUCGUGUCAAGUUGUCUGGAUGUCCUUUGGGUGGUGGACCGUUCUUGAUACACACGGGAAACUGUUGAGUGUGGAAAAACCCAGCAGCGUUGUAGUUCUUGACACAAUCCGGUGCGCGUCAAUAAGGGACCGUAGCUUUCACCUGAUCAAUCUAUGUCAAGGAAAGAGCAGGUGUUUUUAAUGUUUUGUGAACACAGUGUUUUGAAUGUUUAGCUGGAAUGGUAUCCUGUAUAUAUUUGACUGUGAUAUGUGGUUGUCCCACCUAGCUAUCUUAAGAUGAAUUCACGAACUGUAAGUCGCUCUGGAUAAGAGUGUCUACUAAAUUACUAAAAUGUCAAAUGGAAAUGUUUUACUGUUCGAUUUCAUCGUUCUUUUUUAACAUUUCAAUAUUGAUGUCACAAAUGUAUCAUUUGUACGUUAACUUAUUAAAAAUGUACUUAUUUGUUACAUGUCCCUGUGUAAAACCUAGCAGUACUACUUGUUUCUCUGAGAGUGAGGCGGAUAUGUAGCAUUUAGCAACAAAAAAAAAACAUGAUUAUUUGUCUCUCUGAAA